AACAGUCAUCAGUCAUCAGCCAUCGGUAGGCGGUAGCUUUAUUUUUCCAUUUUACACGGACAUCGAGCAAGAAAGCGUAGAAGGGUUUUUAUUUUGGCGGUAUUUGCAGAGACAGAAACGAUGCCUUGCCUGAACCUUUCAACUAACGUAAACUUGGAUGGUGUUGACACCUCCUCCAUACUCUCUGAGGCCACCUCCACCGUCGCCAAAAUCAUCGGCAAACCCGAGGCGUACGUAAUGGUUGUUUUGAAGGGAUCAGUGCCCAUGUCAUUUGGUGGCUCUGUGGAGCCUGCAGCCUAUGGCGAGUUGGUGUCCAUUGGAGGCCUUACUCCUGAUGUGAACAAGAAAUUGAGUGCUGCAAUUGCCUUAAUUCUUGAGACCAAGUUAUCAGUGCCCAAAUCUCGAUAUUUCCUCAAGUUUUAUGACACAAAGGCCCAUCAGAGCCAAGAACAUGCACAGUGUUUGCAUGCUUUACACCAGCAUUAGAUAAUGGUUCAAAUUUUGGAUGGAAUGGGUCCACCUUCUAAAUCAAGCACAUUUUCAUGGGAACUUGAUGCUAUGCCACCUGAUAUCUAUAUGGUGUUUUGUGAUCGUAAAAACUUGGUAAUAUUAAAAUAUAUUGUCAUUUUCAUGUUGUUUAGGGAUAUGAAACUUGUUUGAUCGAGUAUGCAUUAUUGAAUGUUGUCUUAUGGUGGAAAUUAAUGUUGACUGGGUAAUUGAUAUAAUUGAACAUGUUGCAUGAUUAAGUUUAGGAUUAUGAUGCCAUCAUGUUGACAUCUAAUUUACUGCUUAAGUGUCAUCGAGAGAAUUAGCUAUUAUUUGA